AUGGCUUUUGCUUGUAAUUCCGAGCAGUUUGUGAAACCCAGUACAUCUUAUACUGAGGAUAUAAAAAAUAUAGAUAAUAGAGAUAAUUAUCUUGAAGACAAACCAAAAGAUUUAAAAGAUGCUUUAAGAGACUUACUGUCAAAAAACAAAUUCGACAAGCAGAACAAAAUUUACAUAUUUGAUUUUAUAAAUAAUGAAACUUUGGAAAUAAAUGCUCAUGGCUUGAAAGACAAACCAUUUGUACAAAGAAUUUGUGCUAAAAACUCUACAAUGACACAUUAUCCGUCUAUAAAAAAUGAACAGAAUAAUAUGGAUGUGGACACGACGACGUUUACAGAAGUACCUAUUACAAAUAUUGUAACAUUUGGUAAGAAUAAUUUGUCAGGAGAUGGGGAAAUUCAAGAUAUUGAAGACAAUAUAACAAAUUUCUCUGAUUAUUCCAGUAUUUGCAAUACAGAUUUUACAGGUCUUAACAAUGGAGAGAAAUUGUUUGAAACUGACAAUAGUGAAGAGCCUAAUGCAACUGUUAAUUCAUUAUCAAUCUUUACUUCUACUACUACAAUAGAAAACGGAUUUGAUAGUCUAAAUCAGAAGACCAGGAAAAAUUCAAAUACAAAAGCAACAAAAACAAAAAAGACCUCCAAAAUUCGUGUACCACUUUUACUAGUAGAUGAACUCACAACAGGCAAUUUUUCUUGGAAAGACUACACAUGGCUGUGUCAACACUGUGAUACAAAAUGUGACUCAAUGGAAGAUCUACGGGAACAUAGUAAACUAUUACAUAGCAAAUGCUGCGGUUACAAAUGUGUGGAUUGUCCAGAGCCAUUUGUUACCUUUACUGCUUUUAUUGAACAUGUAAGACGACAUAGGCCGAGUUUGAGAUUAUGUUGUCAUUUCUGCAACGAACAAUUCCCGACACCAGAAGAAUGCACCACCCACUCCUACAAUCAUUGGUUUGAGAACAAAACAUGCGAACGAUGUGGGGAGCAGCUGCGAGAUGCUGAAGGACUAAUGCGACAUAAAAGGCGAUUUAGAAAGAGUUUGUAUCCCAGCAAAUAUAAGAGAAAAAUUGCGCGGAGUCUUCCUAAAGAUGAUACGUUUACUUGGGAAAAUUAUGAGUGUAUUUGUCAGGUGUGUUACCUAAAUACUCCAGACAUUGCAACUCUUAGGAAACACGGUGAAGAAGUUCAUGUGAAAUGCUUUGUGAACAAAUGCAUUGACUGCCUGUACAUCGCUCGUGACUUUAAGAGUUUUGUUGUCCAUGUCCUUCAGCAUAGACCUUGGUUGGAAAUACCUUGCCCGUAUUGUUCCGAACCUUUCACAAGAGACAAGGCACCCAUGAAACACCUAAGACAGCACGAAACAGAGCACGAAAAAGUUUGCAACAAAUGUGUACAAAUGUUCCGAGGCCACAAACUUCAGGAGCACGUUGAAAAGUUCAACGUUCACGGUCACAAAUUCAGUCUGACCUGCGAUAUUUGUUUCAAAGAGUUCAAAGUCAAAGCUAAGUUAACAGAGCACAAGAAGCUGAAACACAGUGACUUGGACGUCAGUCACAUUUGUGACGUGUGUGAGUUUCCCAACUGUUUACGCGUUAAAAGCGCACGUGAAAACACAUUUAAACUUGCAAGACCGGUAUUGCUGUAACUAUUGCGGUAAAUGUUACAAAAGAAAGAGUGGGGUGAAAUUUCAUAUUAUAAAAUAUCACACGUCCAACCAAGAGACGUUCAAAUGCCAGUAUUGUGAUAAAAUGUUCAACCGGAAGGAGUACAGGAGAAAUCAUGA